AUUUGCAUGGGAUUCUUCUGCUGCUUCUUUUUUUUUAUAGACACAACAAAGUAAUAUGUUAGCAUGCUACCACUAGUCCUAAAUCAGGGCAUGUUUACAUUUACGUGUUGUGCUAAUUGUUAGCAUGCUAACUUUUUCAUGCUUUGCUAUUGCCUUGUGUGGGGCCUAAAAAAAAGCUGAGGUGCUCUGCUGCUAAUUGGUCCUUCAAGAUCAUGUGAUGGGUCAUUGUUAAACACACAAUCUCACCUCAACCGGCUAGACUUCAAAUACCAGCUAGACCUCAACCAGCAACUAGACCUUAAACACCAGCUAGACCUCAUCCAGUAGCUAGACCUCAACCAGCAGCAAGACCCCAGCCAUCAGCAACACCUCAAAUAGCAAGACCUUGACCACCAGCAAGACCUCAAAUAGCAAGACCCAAACCACCAACAAGACCCCAACCAUCAGCAAGACCUCAACCAGCAGCUUGACGUCAACCAAGACCUGAACUAGCAGCACCUGAGCAUCUCUGAGUGUUGACUGCAGUUUAGUCAAAACUUGAUACAUGAUGUAUUAGUAAAUGAAAAGAUCCUGUAUUCUAGAAGAGUAAUACCGUAUAUACCAUACAUGAAUAAUUCAGUAACAUACAGUAUAUACUCAAAUAAUGCAGUAUAUAUGAUAUAUACACAAAUACAGUAUAUAUGAUAUAUACAUGAAAUAUAUAGAAUAUAUAUUAUAUCCAUCCAUCUUCUACCGCUUAUCCGAGAUCAGGUCGCAGGUGCAGCAGCCUAAGCAGGGAGGCCCACCUCAUCUGGCUCCUCUCAAUGUGGAGGAGUAGCGGUACUACUCUGAAUCUCUCCCGGAUGGCAGUGCUUCUCACCUUAUCUGUAAGGGAGAGCCCAGCCACGCUACGGAGAAAACUAAUUUGGGCGACUUGUACCCGCGAUCUUGUCCUUUUGGUCACUACCCAAAGCCCAUGACCAUAGGUGAGGGUAGGAACGUAGAUCAGGGGUCACCAACAUUUUUUCUUGUGAGAGCUUUUAGAAAAUGAAAAUGGCCACGAGCUACUCAUUUUUGUAGAAAUGAUUUUCAUACGUUAUUUCAACCCAAACAAAGCAAAUAUGCUUGUUUUACCAAAACAUUCACAAAAUGCUGGUAUCCACAACUCACAUUUUAUGUUUCACAAUACUUUUCUUUCUAGUGUUCUCACAUUAUUAACUGAAAACCUGAAUGAAAAGCAGGCCUGCAGGCGCCUCGUGGUCGUGGGGGGCUACCUGGUGCCCGCGGGCACUGUGUUGGUGACCCCUGACGUAGAUCGAACGGUAAAUUGAAAGCUUUGCCGUUCGGCUCAGCUCUCUCUUCACCACAACCGACCGAUGUAGGGUCCGCAUCACUGCAGAAGCCGCACAAAUUCGCUUGUCGAUCUCGCAUUCCCUCAUCCUUCCUUCUUGUGAACAAGACCCCGAGGUACCUAAACUACUCCACUGGGGUCAGGAUCUCCCCGACCCUGAGAUGGCACUCCACCCUUUUUCAGGCGAGAACCAUGGACUUUGACUUGGAAGUGCUGAUAGUCAUCCCGGCCGCUUCACACUCGGCUAUGAACUGAUCCAGUGAAAGUUGAACUUCACGGCUGGAUGAAGCCAGCAGGACCACAUCAUUAGCAAAAAGCAGAGACUUAAUCCUGCAUCCACCAAACCGGAACCCCUCAGUGCGGGGGCUGCAACGCCUCCGGCCCGUGGCUGCAGCCGUAUGCCGCACUAGGCUGUGCCUAGAAAUUCUGUCCAUAAAAAUAAUGAACACAAUCAGUGAAAAAGAGCAGGCCUGACGGAGUCCCAACCCUCACUGGAAAUGGGUCCGACUUCAGCAAUGCGAACUAAACUUUGACACUGGUCAUAGCCUGAACGAACAGCCUGAAUUAGCUGGUCCGAUACUCCAUACUCCCGGAGUACUCCCCACAGAAUUCCUCGAGGAACAUGGUCGAAUGCCUUCUCCAAGCCUACAAAACCCAUGUAGACUGGUUGGGCAAACUCCCAUGCAUCCACAAGGACCCUGCUGAGAGUGUAGACCUGGUCCACAGUUCCACGACCAGGACAAAAACCACACUGCUCCUCCUGAAUCCGAGAUUCAACUAUCCGGCAGAUCUUUCUCUCCAGAACCCCUGAAUAGACUUUACCAGAGAGGCUGAGGAGUGUGAUUCCACGAUAGUUGGAACCCACCCUCCAGUCCCCCUUCUUAAAAAGCGGGACCACCACCCCGGUCUGCCUCUGGCUCUGCUUCCUCAUAGCAAAACGUGUUGGUGGAAUUGAGGAGAUCUUCGAAGUAUUCUUUCCACAGAUCAACAACAUCCCGAGUCAAGGUCAGAAGCACACCAUCCCCACCAUACACGGUGUUGACUGUGCACUGCUUCCCCCUCCUGAGACACCGGAUGGUGGUCCAGAAUCUCUUCGAAGCCGUCCCGACGUUGUUCUCCACGGCUUCUCCGAACUCCUCCCAUGUCUGAGUUUUUGCCUCAGCGACCACGAGAGCCGCAGACUGCUUGGCCUGUCCCAUGAGCCAAAAAGGCCCGAUAGGACUCCUUCUUCAGCUUGACGGCAUCCCUCACCAUUGGUGUCCACCAACGGGUUCUGGGAUUACUGUCACGACAGGCACCGACCACCUUACGGCCACAGCUCCAAUCAGCUACCUCGACAAUGGAGGCACGGAAAACACGGCCCAUUCAGACUCAAAUGUCCGCCUCUUCCCUCGGAACAUGGUCGAAGCGCUCCUGGAGGUGGGAGUUGAAACUCCUUUUGACAGGGGACUCUUCCAGUCGUUCCCAGCAGACCCUCACAAUACGUUUGGGCCUGCCUUGUCUGACCGGCAUCCUCCCCCACCAUCGGAGCCAACUUACCACCAGGUGGUGAUCUGUUGACAGCUCCUCCCCUUUCUUCACCCGAGUGUCCAAAACAUAUGGCCGCAAGUCCGAUGAUACGACCACAAAGUCAAUCAUUGAAGUGCGGCCUAGGGUGUCCUGGUGCCAAGUGCACAUGUGGACACCCUUAUGCUUGAACAUAGUGUUUGUUAUCGACAAACUGUGACGAGCACAGAAGUAGAAGUCCAAUAAAAAGCACUGCUUGGGUUCAGAUCGGGGGGGCGUUCCUCCCAAUCACGCCUCUUCAGGUCUCACUGUCGCUGCCAACGUAAGUUUUGACGGCCCCCGGAAGAACAAGGGAAUCCCCCAAGGGAGCACUCUCCAGUACUUCCUCUAGAGACUCCAAAAAGGGUGGUUAUUCUGAACUGCUGUUAGGCGCAUAAGCACAAAUAACAGUCAGGACCUGUCCCCCUCAACCCUCUCGUUCACCGCGUUACACUCCAACAUACAGGCCACAAGCCGGGGUGCCACCCCUUCCCGUCGCCUCUCACUGCUGGCAACGCCAGAGUGUAAUAAAGACCAACCCCUCUCAAGAGGACUGGUUCCAGAGCCAUGCUGUGCAUAGAGGUGAGUCUGACUAUAUCUAGCCGGAACUUAUCAAUCUCGUGCACCAGCUCAGGCUCCUUCCCUACCACAGAGGUGACAUUCCACGUGCCAUGAACUAGCUUCUGUAGCCGAGGAUUGGACCGCCAAGGUUACCGCCUUCGGCUGCCACCCAGCUCAUUCUGCACCCGACCCCUUUAGCUCCUUCCAUGAUUGAUGAGCUCAUUGGAGGGGGGACCCAUGUUGUCUCUUGGGGGCUGUGCCCGGCCUGGCCCCAUUGGUGUAGGCCCGCCCACCAGACGCUUGCCAUCAUGCCCCUCCUCCAGGCCAGAUUCCAGAGGGGGGCCCCGGUAAAACCCCUGACAACUCAGCUCUUGGGACCAUCAGGACACGCAAACUCCUCCACCACAAUAAGGUGGUAGCUCAGGGAGGAGGUCUAUGUGAUACAGUAUAUACGCUAAUAAUACAGUAUAUACGAUAUAUACAGACCCUUUCCAAAAAAUUAGAAUGUCAUGGAAAAGUUGUUUAAUUUCCAUAAUUCCAUUCAAAAAGUUAAACUUUCAUAGAUUAUAGAUUCAGGGCCCACAAUUUAAACGAUUUCAAGUGUUUAUUUGUUUAUUUUUACGUAAUUUGGGCUUCCAGCUCAUAAAACCCACGAAAACAGGAAUUCAAAAAAUUAGAAUACUGUGAAGAAAUCACCAUUUACUUCUCAGUUUUUGCAGGAAAAAAAAUAAAGAAAUUAGGAUCACAUCAAAUCAAUCAAAAUAUGGUACUUUCAAAACGAUAUGUCAAUCUUCAAUACUUGGUUGGGAAUCCCUUUGCCUUAAUCACUGCCUCGAUGCCACGUGGCAUUGAAGCAAUCAGCCUGUGGCAUUGCCUGGGAGUUAUGGAAGCCCAGAUUUCCUUGAUGCUUGCUGUCAGCUCUUCUUUGUUGUUGGGUCUGGUGCCCCUCAUUUUCCUCUUGAGAAUACCCCAUAGAUUCUCAAUGGGGUUUAGGUCCGGUGAGUUGGCUGGCCAGUCAAGCACUGUGAUGGCAUGGGCAUCAAACCAGGUUUUGGUGCUUCUGGCGGUAUGGGCAGGGGCCAGGUCCUGCUGGAAGAUGAAAUCUGCAUCUCCAUACAGAUCCUCAGCAGAAGGAUUCAUGAAGUCCUCUAAAACAUUCUGGUAGACUGUUGCGGUGACUUGGAUCCCCUACCAUCGGAGCCAACUUACCACCAGGUGGUGAUCAGUUGACAGCUCCGCCCCUCUCUUAACCCGAGUGUCCAAAACAUAUGGCCGCAAGUCCGAUGAUACGACCACAAAGUCAAUCAUGGAAGUGCGGCCUAGGGUGUCCUGGUGCCAAGUGCACAUGUGGACACCCUUAUGCUUGAACAUUGUGUUUGUUAUCGACAAUCUGUGACGAGCACAGAAGUCCAAUAACAAAGCACCGCUCGGGUUCAGAUCAGGGGGGCCGUUCCUCCCAAUCACGCCUCUCCAGGUCUCACUGUCGCUGCCAACGUGAGCAUUGAAGUCCCCCAGCAGAACAAGGGAAUCGCCUGAGGGAGCACUCUCCAGUACUUCCUCUAGAGACUCCAAAAAAGGUGGGUAUUCUGAACUGCUGUUUGGCGCAUAAGCACAAACAACAGUCAGGACCCGUCCCCCCACUCGAAGGCGGAGGGAAACUACCCUCUCGUUCACUGGGUUAAACUCCAACAAGCCGGCCACAAGCCGGGGCGCAACAAGAAUUGCCACCCCUGCCCGUCGCCUCUCACUGCUGGCAACGCCAGAGUGGAACAAGGUCCAACCCCUCUCAAGAGGACUGGUUCCAGAGCCCUUGUAUUGUAUGUACUUUAUUUAUCCCACAGCGGGGAAAUUUACUUGUUACAGCAGCAAGCAAGCAAGACAAGUAAAGAACAGUAAAGUAAAGUAAAGUAAAGCAUCGUGACUACAACAUGGUUCAGGUGGUGCAGGUGCUGUGCGUUGAGGUGAGUCUGACUAUAUCUAGCCGGAACUUCUCAACCUCAUGCACCAGCUCAGGCUCUUUUCCUACCAGAGAGGUGACAUUCCAUGUCCCUAGAGCUAGUUUCUGUAGCUGAGGAUUGGACCGCCAAGGUCCCCGCCUUCGGCUGUCACCCAGCUCACUCUGCACCCGACCCCUUUGGCCCCUCCCAUGAGUGGUGAGCUCAUUGGAGGGGGGACCCAUGUCGUCUCUUCGGGCUGUGCCCGGCCGGGCCCCAUGGGCGUAGGCCCGACCACCAGACGCUCGCCAUCGUGCCCCUCCUCCAGGCCUGGCUCCAGAGGGGGGCCCCGGUGACCCGCGUCCGGGCAAGGGAAAACGUGGUCCAAUGUUUUUUGUCAUCAUAGAGGUCUAUUGAGCUACUCUUUGUCUGAUCCCUCACCUAGGACCUGUUUGUCGUGGGUGACCCUACCAGGGGCAUAGAAACCCCUGACAACUUAGCUCCUAGGAUCAUCGGAACACGCAAACUCCUCCACCACGAUAAGGUGGUAGCUCAGGGAGGAGUUAAUCCUGAACAUGCAUGAGUCAAACAGUAGCACAUCACAUAGUACAAUUCACAAUUUUGCAUGUUCAAAAAGGAGUAGUAAGAAGCAAAGCUGAUUUAAUCCUACCCCUCAUCAGUUUCACAUCAGUUGCAAUACAUUUAUUCAUGUACUUUGUAGGUCUACGUGACAAUGUAGUGCAAUCAUAGCCAAGGUUUUUACUUACUAAAAGAAAGCUAGAGGCUUAAUAAUAACUGAUAGAAUAUAUCCACGACCCACAGAACAAAGCUGUGCUAGUAAUGUCUUAUGCUUGUUUUUAAUAUUUUACUUUUUACAGCUUUAGUUCAUCAGGAAGUGACGGGAAGUGACGGUGGGCGUCCCGAGCAGGAGAGCUAGGCUCAGUGCUAGCUCGGCAAUGACGCUCCUGAUGCUAAAGCUAAGUCCAGUGCCAAAGCUGUGUAUGGAACGGAUGACGUCUAUUUCCUGCACUCGUCUUCUAAACAGAAAAAGAAAAGCCAAAAGCAAAGACAAGUUUGGACCAGAACCAGCAUCAACAGUCUGACGGACACGUCUCAGUACCACGUGGAGCACCUGAGCACGUUUGUGUUGGACCGCAAAGAUGGGAUGAUCACUGUGGAGGACGGCGUGCGGCGUCUGCGUCUGCUGGACGCGAAAGGGAAGAUCUGGACGCAGGAGAUGUUGCUGCAGGUGGACGAGAAGAGCGUCAGCCUGGUGGACCAUGAGAGCAAGAGCGAGCUGGAGAACUUCCCCGUGAGCUCCGUGCAGCACUGCCAGGCUGUCAUGAGCGUGUGCAGCUACGACUCCAUCUUGGCACUGGUGUGCAAGGACUCAGGUCAGAAUAAGGCCGAUCUGCACCUGUUCCAGUGCGACCAUAUCAAGGCCAACCUGAUCCAUGCCGACAUCGAGAGCGCCAUGGUGGACGCCAAAGGAGGCAAAGUGAAGACACGACCCGACGUGCUCAGGAUGAUCCUGAAGAGCGACGGGGACAUCCCGCCACCUCCCGCCGCUCCCGCCCCAGAACCUCCGGUCGACAAAGAGCUGUGGUCAGAUCGGCCGCGAGACGGUGCCCAAUGGCGAGCGGGCGACAACAACGGACCUGUUGACGUGACGGCGGCCAUUGUGGACCGAGACGUGCAAAUCCUCAACCACAUCCUGGACGACAUCGAGUUGUUCAUCACUAAACUGCAGAAAGCGGCAGAGGCCUUCAGCGAGCUGUCCAAGAGGAAGAAGGCCAAGAAGGGCAAGAAGAAAAGUCCAGGAGAGGGCGUCCUGACGCUGCGCUCCAGGCCUCCUGGUGAGGAAGACUUCGUGGACUGCCUGCAGAAGUUCAAGCACGCCUUCAAUCAGCUGGGAAAACUUAGAGUUCACAUCCAGAAUCCGAGCGCCGGCGAGCUGCUUCACUUCCUGUUCACACCCCUCAGGAUGGUGAUCCAGGCAUCUGGCGGUGCGGAUCUGGCCCGCAGCGUCGUGGUUCCGCUGCUCACCAGAGAGGCCAUUGACUUCCUACACGCCUCGGGGACGGCGGAGGAGCGCCACCUGUGGGUGACACUGGGAGACAGCUGGACCAAGUGCAGGUUGGAGUGGCCCAAGGACCACUACUUCCCGCCCUGUGCUCUCACCUUUGCUGACGGCUGGCAGCCACCCGCCCUGGCAGAGGGUGUGGCCAACGGCGAGCUACCGGAGGAGCCGGUUGCAGACAGAUACGCCUCCACUAACUCCGCCCACCAGCGCAUGCAGCUCCUGGACCAGGACUCAGCCAUGGCGGCGCUUCAACAAGCAUUCGGCUGCAAUGCUGACCGAGGUUUCGGCGCCAACGGCAGGAACCAAAGCAAACUCUUUGCCAAAUCCAAGUACGACUUUGUGGCGAGAAACAACACCGAGCUGUCUGUGCUCAAGGACGAGGUGGUCGAGGUCUUGGAUGACAGGAAACAGUGGUGGAAGGUGCGGAACGGCGACGGCUCAGUGGGCUACGUGCCAAACAACAUCGUGGAGGUGACCAAGGCGGUGGAUGUGACGGGCCGCGGCGAGCCCGUUUACAGUCACACCAUCCAGCUCAUGAUGCCGAGGAAGGAGUUUGAGAUGUUCAAGCAAUUACUGGGCGAGCUUAACGAGACCACCAGGAUGGACCACCUACCCAGCAAGGCCGCUGCCACGCCCAUGCCCCCGGCCCCCACUCCGCCACCCCCGGCCCCUGCCAGGCUCCCUACGCCCCCGCUUCCCCCACCCGCCAUCGAAGCCGCCAAGCCCGUCGCCGCCAGCACGACGUCCAGUGACGCCGGCAGCGUGGCCGAGACGGACAACAAAAGUGUCCUCGCCAACCGAAGGAAGUCCAACAUGGAGGAGGUCCAGGAUGAGCUCCUGCACAGGCUCACGCUCGGCCGCAGCGCUCAGAAGAAACUUCCUGUCCCUUUCCGACGCGGCGGCGGUGAGCUUCCAGCGGUCAGCAUCACGUACGAGUCGUCUCCUGAUGACGUGCGCGGCUGGCUGGAGGCCAAAGGCUUCAGUGCAGUUACCAUCACCAGCCUGGGUGUGCUGACAGGGGCGCAGCUCUUCUCCCUCAACAAGGACGAGCUGAAAACCGUCUGUCCCGAUGACGGCGCUCGAGUCUACAGCCAGGUCACCGUGCAGAAGGCGGCGCUGGAGAGGAGUUCCGGCUCGGAGCUCCAGGAGAUCAUGAAGAGGCGGCAGGAGCUCCUGGCAGCCAGCACAUGUGACUCGGGGGUGGAGUCUUUUGACGAAGGCAGCACCCACUGACCUCCACAGGACCUCCUUCCUUCCUUAAUUCCUUCCUUCCUUUUCGCCUUCUUCUUGAGUUUCCUUUUUUCCCAACUGCAGACUCUUGCAUUUCCUCCCCAGGCGGCGGCCAGCCACGCCCACUUUGUGAAGGUCAUGCGGUGUCGGCAGGAGCUCCUCAGUGCGUCGCCGUAGAACCAAAACAAGCUUCCUGCUCUCCAGAAUGUUCCAGCCUGACAUGGUUGUUUGACGAUCAGACGCCAAUGUUAGCAUUAGUGUUAGCAUAGUCCACAAAAAUCCGCUUUAGCUGCUGCUUUGCUCUGAUGGAUGCUAGCUAGCGGCUACAUUAGUGUGGGCGGGGCACACAGCUUCUCUUUGGGAAUGCCUUCUGACCUCUGACCUCAAGCAGUGUUUGACGAGAAAGAAACAUUUUAAAUGUUAAUGGGAACUAAAUCAAUUCAAGCAGUUGCUUUUCAUUAUGAAAGUAUUCAAAUAUUGAAUUUCUAGAUGAUUCCGAUGUUUUUUUUUAAGUUCAACUGCUGCUUCCUGAAGAUGAGGUCGGAGGUCAUCCAGUGAAGGUGACAGCAGUGUUACAGAACGAAUAGAAAAGAAAUAUGUCCAUUCUGACUUUAAUAAUCUGAAUGUACGUUUUCAUGGUGCCUUUUCCAUAGCAACGUGCUCAUUCAAACAGGCAAUAAAAACAACUUUAUUGUUAAUACAGAGUGGAGCGCAACACUAACUCGUUGCUUCUAAUCCUCCACAUCAAAUCAAAUACUUGUACAUCUCAACAUUUACAGUAAAUACAAUCCUCGCAUUGGCUGCUGUUGUGUUUUAUCUGAGGUGUGUGUGUGUGUGUGUGCUGACAGCCGAUUGGCUGACACGAGCGAACGCUUGUCAUGAGACGUGCCUUUCAGUGAUCUAGUGGCUCAGGUUGUACUUAAGUUUUGUCAUGUUUGUACUUUACUGUUUCCCCCUGGGCAGACUUUUCCGUAUUUUCAAAAAAAAAUCAAGACUUUUAAUCCGCUAAUGAGCUUCCAAUGAGCUAGCAUUGUCGCCGAUAGUCACGACUUGUCACUUUUUUUUUUUUUUUUUGGCAGCCAAUGGCUGCAAGAAAUGCUAUGACGCCCUCAGCCAA